AUGGGUGUUCAACAACGCCCAAACAAAAAUCAUAAAGGGGCAAAAAAUGUAGCUUGGUGUGUGAAGGAAGAUGUUGCCCUUAUGUCAUCUUGGAUCUAUGCUAGCGAAGAUAACAUUCGAGGAAAAAAUCAAAGAGGGGAAUCGUUUUGGGCACGUGUUCAUAAAUUGUAUCACAACACCCAAGCAGAAAAUCCAAAUGAGCUCAACGAACGAAACAUUGAAUCGAUGAAAGGUCGCUGGAAACGUCUUAACGAAAAUGGAAACAAAUGGGUUGCUGCUUGCAGGGAAGCAAAUGCUCGAAGAAGGAGUGGCAUGAGCGACAACGAUGUUGAGAAAGAAGCUCAUUCCAUUUACGAAGCAGGUGGAAAUAAGUUUCUAGAUUUGAUUGUAUUUAAUGAAGUUAUGAGUAAACAUCCCAAGUGGAAUGUUCAUGAUACCACCCAUGUUUUUCGUCGUCAAAGUGAAGAUGCUGAUGACCAGGAAAGUGGUGGCAGUUCGAAAAGAUCAAAGACUUCGGAAGAUGGAGGAUUUUCUAUCCCUUAUAAUAUAUGA